UGAAGGGGAAGACACCAGUUUGAUGAGUGCGGAGUUUGAAGCUGGAGUUGAGGAGAGUCUCGAGUUGACGCAGCGGUGGCUGAAGGAGGAGGAGUGCGGAUCCCUAAGCAUAUCGCAGUCAGGAGGACUCCUAGCUUUGGUGUGCUUAAGAAGUGGGACGAACCUGGGCGCUUACCUCAAACGGUCCAUCGAGCCGCCGGGGUCUGACGACGGCAAAAGCGGGAGGCGAAGGGAGAUCCUUCCGCUGCCGCUGUGGGCAGAUGGAAAAGAGGAGCUCAGGAACCUUUUUGAUCCAGACUUCAGAAAAUUCGGUGGGGCUGAAAAGAAGGCCUGCCGACAUGCAAGGCGUGCCGGUUUACUGAUCUGGCACUCGCUCUCUGUGGUGCUCCUCAACUUCUUGUGGACUGGUGGUGGCAGCCAGGCAAAAGUCCAGCGAGGAGCAGCUUUCGCUGAUGAUAGUUCGGAGUCCAAGAGCAAGAUACCUCGAUCCCCGGAGAUGGGAGGAGAGUGGGGUAGAAAAAUUGGUGACGUCCGUAUUUCUUAUCAAGGUGAGAUCGUCGAGAAAGGGCAAAGGUUGACUUUGGAUCAGGUGUUGCCUGGGCCACCUCCUGAAGGUUAUGGAGCAUCUCUACCAUUGGUGGAGCUGUGUGAGGGUGAAGUAAGAGAGAAGCUCCUAAAUCUCUUGGGGAAUAUUCUUCCUGACGAAGAGAUGCCCCAAGAGAUCCCUCGGCCCCAGAUCCAUGCCACGAGGCAGGAGUGGGAGAAGAUUGCAGCUGAGCGGUACAAGAGGGGGUUGGUGAAGACGGUGGAGGCUCCAGUGUUGGUGAGAGAUAGAUUCCUGGUCAAUGGCAGCUUUGGAGUGGUGAAGCCCGGCAAGUUUUUGGAUGAUGAACGUCCCAUCUUGAGAUUGAUCAUGGACUUUAGGGGGACAAAUGCUGCUACCAGAGUUCUGGAAGGCGAUGUCAGGAGCUUGACAGGAGCGCCCGCCUUGCAGCAUGUAGUAUUGCCGGCCGGAAAAGUGAGAUCUGGUGUCGGCUUUCUAUUUGUUUGCACUGCCACCUGGAUGGCCAGAGAUGAUGACGUUUGCCGAGAAGGCGGAGGAGGCCUCCUAGGACAAUGCGAGAUUCGAAGGGACAGUGUCUUCCCGAAUUUGGAGGAGGAAGACAAGCUAUGGUCGCUAUACUUGGAUGACACGAGCUUGUAUGAGAUCAUGGAGGCCCGAGUUGCGGAAGACUUGGAAGGAAAGAGCUCGGAGGAGCAGGAGGCUCUGCGGCGAGCUUAUGCCCACUGGGGGAUUCCCUUCUCAAGGGAGAAAAGCUUGCAGAGGGCAAGGAGGGCCGAACAAUUAGGUGCAGUGGUGGACGGUGACAGUGGCGCCUUAAAAGGUUCGACGAAGAGGGCCCUCGACAGCUUGUCUUUCAUUUUCUGGCUGCUGCGGCAAGAGAAGGACAUUGCGGACGGCGAGGUGCUCAUCCCGCUGAGUGGGAAGUCAGUUGAGGAAAUCCUGAUGGCAGGAUGUAGCCAGGCCCUGAGGGUGACAGAUUUACGAGCUAAGUUGCAUGAGGUUGUGACUGCAUCUGAUGCGAAGGAGACAGGAGGUGGAUCGGUGUACGGGUCAAAGUUGACGUCCCGAGGGCUCAGAGAGAUGUGUGCCCUGGAGGAAGCGGAAGAUGAUGUAGGAGGAGAGGGUAUUAACUUGGACGAGCCGCAGAGGGUGUUGGUCUUUGACCUCUUUGCAGGAAUUGGAGGUUUGAGUCGGGCGCUCUUGCUGAGUGGUGAUUGA